AUGGCUGCCUGCGAUACCCGUUUCAAGCUCAACACCGGCGCUGAGAUCCCUGCCCUCGGUCUGGGAACAUGGCAGUCCCAGCCCGGCGAGGUUGCGCGCGCCGUUGCCCACGCCAUCAAGUCUGGUUACCGUCACAUUGAUGCCGCUCUGUGCUACGGCAAUGAGAACGAGGUCGGCCAGGGUAUCAAGGAGGCAAUUGACUCCGGAAUCGUCAAGCGCGAGGACCUCUUCGUUACCACCAAGCUGUGGUGCUCUUACCACGCCCGUGUCGAGGAGGGUCUCCAACAGAGUCUGACUGACCUUGGACUUGACUAUGUCGACCUCUACCUGAUGCAUUGGCCCCUGGCUAUGAACCCUAAGGGUAACCACAACAUUUUCCCCAAGCUCGCUGAUGGCUCGCGGGAUAUUGAUCACAGCCACUCCCACGUCACUACCUGGAAGAGCAUGGAGAAGCUCGUCGGCACCGGCAAGGUCAGGGCCAUCGGUGUCUCCAACUACAGUGUCCGGUACCUUGAGCAGCUCCUGCCCGAGGCUACUAUUGUUCCCGCUGUCAACCAGAUUGAGAACCACCCCUCCCUGCCCCAGCAGGAGAUUGUCGACUUCUGUAACAAGGCCGGCAUCCAUAUCACAGCCUACAGCCCGCUGGGCAGCACCGGCAGCCCCAUGUUCACUGCGGAGCCCAUUGUGGCCAUUGCCAAGAAGCGUGGCGUUACCCCCGCCGCUGUUCUCCUCAGCUAUCACAUUGCCCGUGGAUCCUCAGUCUUGGCCAAGUCCGUGACCCCAGCCCGUAUCGAGGCCAACCGUGCCGACUUGAUCAACCUGGAUGCCGAGGAUAUUGCUACCCUACGCAAGUACAGCGACGAUCUCCAGGCAGAGGGCAAGCUCCAGCGCUUUGUCUACCCUCCCUUCGGUGUCAACUUUGGUUUCCCUGACAAGCAGUAG